ACUGAAGCAGUGAGUUGUGUUGCGUGUUUUGUGAUAUUUAGAGAUAUAGUUAACUAAGUUACUCACCAUUUUGUGUCUUUCGGUCUACACGACUAUAACCUCAACCAAUGGAAUUUCAAGCGGUAGUGGGAAAGAAAGAAUGACAGAUGCAGACACUUCAAGAGACCGGGGAGUGAAGAUCGUCUUUUCCAGCAACCAACCAGCUGAUGGCACAAAAGCUAGAAAACAGUCUGUGACUCAGCUGUAGCGCCGCCAUGUGACGCUGAUAACACUAUCACAGUCUCGCUCAGUCAUGCCGAGCUGACAGUGAGCGAAUGAUGUUUGAGAAUGUGGUUCCUAGCCGUGCUGGACGUUCUGCUCUCCAGUCUGGUGGUGGGUCCGUGUGUCGUCGGCUUCUGGCGGGGGACAUGGGAGUUCAUGGAGGCAUACCGGGAGUCCUUCCCGCUCUGGUGGACCCUGUGGGUGUCCGGGGCUCUCCACCUGGUCUUCGCUCUCCUGCGGGAAGCUUUUGUGGAGUAUUUCCAACACACCGGGCUGAAGUACACUCUGGCUUCUCGCUGCUACAUCUACGUGUUCGCCGUGUGCUGCGCCAUGCAGUGGCGCUCCACCUGGGCCCUCCUGGAGGACUGUACCGCCUGCGAGGACGUCCCUAACCUUCUCUUGUGGACUGUACCUUCCACUGUGGUUCUGUUCGUGUUUCGCCUCUUCGGCAACACAUUGGCACCUCCCUUCUGCAUCGCGUUGGACUUCAAGGCCGAGGAUGUCUUCGUGUUUCCGACCAUGUUCAAUAUCUCGGGCACGAGAGAGACUUGGCUUUACGUGCUGGAUUGCUUCUUCAGCGUAUUCAUAAUCGGAACUCUGGUAGUGUUCGUGUGGCGAGGCUUCUGGUGUCUUCUGGACAACUACCUCUUCCCCGACCGACCCGACCUCUCCGCCUGGGGCUCACUGGUUCUCGGCUACAUGUUGGUGUUCGUGACGUUCGCUACCCAACCUCUCAUGAAGGCCUUGGUGUCCAGGAUUGACGGAUUCUGGAGACUCGUGGCUGUCGACAUCUACCUCAUCUUCUCUUUCUGCGGCACCGUCAAUGUCUGGAGAGGAGUGUGGAACAUGCUCAACAUAUAUUUUUUGCCUGAUACGCCAGUGAAGAGCUACUGGGUCUCUCACGUCGUGUCGUUUGUGUUGCUCAUCUUCAUCAACUCCUCCAACUCCAUCCUCGUCCGCGGAGUUUACAUCGACGCCGAGGAGCAAGGUGCGCAGUGCGUCGACUUCCCCUGCUACUACCUCAGGCUGUUCUUCCAGACGAAGCGCAAGAAGAAGCUGCUUGCCCAGCUGCAGAAGAGGCAAGUCGCCGCUCUAGUGAGGCGCAAGAGUGAAGCUCAAGAUGCCCAAGAUGUGGAGAUCAACCAUCUGCACAACCUGCACAAACCGCGGGCUUCCAUCAUACUUCCCUCCGACCCUCAUGUAGUAUAGGGAUGCUAACGCUGACUUGGGAAAACUCUGAGCAUGGAGAUGUGCUGAAUCAUCUACACGGAAAAAGCUCAUUUACUCUGAUGAGUGCACGAACAUUACGAACGUUUAUGUACAAAGGCAACAUACGGUAGUUAAAUGUAAAAAACCACAUCAUAGUCAUUGUGCAUUUUGCAUCAUAUAAUAGUUUCUAAGUAUAAGAAGUGUGUUAGAAAUGUAAUUUUACUCAGUGUGUAAACGACAUAAAUCAUAAAGUGGGGUUUAUCAUAGGCUAAUUAGCUCAACUUGGUCAACCAAAAUAAACUCUAAAAUGUGAAUGAUAUCAAUGUGCUUUUAAGCUUUAAAAAAUGCUUAAGCUGAGAUCAAAAUUCAGUAUUUUGUUAACUAAAUUUGAGUUGUCUAACGAAGGGGUUCCCGUUUUUUAAUUCCUUGAUAAUCAAACUUAACAUUUGUUAACUCCCCCUUUUAUUAAUUUCUCAAUGUAUUUUUAUUUGCACAAUCUAAUGGCUCUAUAAUUAUGGGUAGGUACCAAAUAUGUAAACAUUUACAAUUUUAUUUUAGAAAAAAUUAACUUUCUCUAAUUCUCUAACGAUUUAGGUUCCUUGGAGUCAGUUUUAAUUACCACGAUAUAAUUAGUAUAAAGAUGGAAAAUUUACAAACAAUAGAUCAAAAUAUUGCAAAGUAACAUACAAUCAAAAGUAAAAACUAGAAUAUCUAUCAUUUUUAAAAUUUGAUUUUUAGACUAGAACAUCAUUUGAAUACUUUAACAAUAUGUAUUAGCCAAUGCUUAAAACCUCUUGUCAUAAUGAUUUCGUGUCAUGAUUGCAGUGUUAGUUUUUAGAGACUAAGUGCCAAUUUCAAAGCCAAAUGAAAACAUACUGUGAUUCUACAUAUGUUCUAUGAUGUCAAAGUAAGAAAUGAAAAACUGUCUAGAGUAUAAAAUUUUUGUUAUCUUGUGUAGUAUGGAUGCAUUUAUGUGAUAGUGAGCGUAGAAUAGUGUAGAUGUACAAAAAUGUUGCUGUAAGUUAAGUUAUAUUUAAUCUUAAGCUGUACAUACCGUUAUUUAUUUGUAACCAUUAUACUGUUAUAGUGAUAUUAUGAUUAUAUGUGUACAUAAUAAGUUUGACAUUAUAUGAAUGACCAAGAUUAGUGUGUAUCUAGCCACGGCCACCUAUAACUCUAGGCCACGGCCUUCGAAGUGGCAACGUCGCAAGUAGUGUUGUAACAGCUGUUUUGUUUGGAGGCAGCUAAUGGUAUUUGUGUAUUUUUAAGAAUACGAAAGCUUGGUUACUGGACUAUGGAAUUAUUGAUUCCACUCUUUAAAUGUAUAGAAGAAAUCGAUUUUCAAUUUACAUUGUUUUGGUUUUAAAUUAUGUAUGAUUUAUUUUUGAUAUUUUAAUAAAUUUAUGUCCAUAAAUUUAAAUUUUAAUGAAUUAUAAGCGAAUCAAGAAGAUGGUGUCACCUGACUGCCAUGUUAUCUAAUGGGACGUCAGGCACUAGACGACACUACUUGCGACAUUGCCAAUUCUACCAGGCCGUUAAAGAAGUUAAAGGUGGCCGAUCUAGCACAGUAGUUACAACAGUUUUAAUUGAAAAAUAAAUUCAAAGUAAUUUUAUAAGAAAUUUGUGUUGUUGGUGUAAGCAGUAUUAUUAAAAUAGACAACGCAUUCCAUUUCAAACCCUGCAUUGAUUUUUGCAAUAUAUUCUUUAUGGACUCUUAAAUUUUGUUUUGAAAUCUUUCUACAAAUAAAGGUGUUUAGUGGUUAUUGUAAAUAAGCAUUUUUUAAAGAAUAAUCCAUAACUAUUAUAAUUGUAUGUUCUA